AUGGUGAAAUCAUAUUUUAAAUUCGAGCAUUCGAAUACAUUCGGGCUCGUCGCCUCGGCGUCCUCCAAUGCGAUUUGGGCUAAAGAUGACCAGACCGGCAUUGCACGCCAGACUGGCGCCGGACGAGCAAUUGUUGGCGCAAGUGAGGAAGUUCUGUGCUGGGAUGUUAAGAAGGGAGAACUUCUAGGAAGAUGGCGCGAUUCGGCCUGCAGAGCGCAAGUCAGUGUGGUCACGCAGAGUCAGACAGAUGAGGAUAUCUUCGCAGUUGGUUACGAGGAUGGAACUAUUCGUCUAUGGGAUUCGCGCACUGCCACCGUCAUCAUUUCUUUCAACGGUCACAAAUCCGCCGUCACCAAGCUAGCCUUCGACAAUGCAGGUGUUCGCCUUGCCAGUGGUUCUAAAGACACCGACAUCAUCCUCUGGGAUCUGAUCACCGAGACUGGUCUUUUCAAACUCCGUGGACAUACCGAUCAGAUUACAUCUCUGCACUUCCUAUUCCCUUCGCCAGAGCUGCUCACUGCUUCGGGGUUGAGCGAACACCAGGGAUUCUUAUUGACCACCGGAAAGGACGCGUUGAUCAAGGUCUGGGACCUGGCGUCCCAGCACUGUAUUGAAACCCACGUGGCACAAUCAAACGGCGAGUGCUGGAGCUUGGGCCUUUCACCCGACCAGGGUGGAUGUAUCACAGCCGGCAAUGACGGUGAACUCAGGGUCUGGUCGAUCGACGAGGCAGCUAUGAUGGAGAUUUCCCGGGAGAAGGCUGUCGCCGACGGUCGCAGGAUUCUCACUGAACGAGGAACCUUCUACCGACACGGCAAGGACCGCACAAUCGGCAUUCGAUUCCACCCCCGCUCAGACUACGUUGGAUUCCACGGCUCCGACAAGUCAGUCGAGGUCUGGCGGAUCCGCUCACAGUCCGAGGUACAGAAGAGUAUGGCACGAAAGAAGAAGAGAAGAAAGGAGAAGGAGGCACAGCGGGAGGACAAAAAGGAAGAAGCGGAUGAGAAGUCGGAGGAUGCAUCCGCUGCUCCUGUUUCUGAAGUUUUCGUUCAACAUGUCAUUGUGCGAACUGGCGGAAAAGUUCGUUCGUUUGAUUGGAUGACCAACAAGUCAAGUGGUCUGAACCUCCUGGUGGCCACGACGAACAACCAGCUCGAGGCCUAUACUGUGGUGCCAGUGAACAAGAAGAGCACCGACAGCGAAGAUUCCGACUAUAGCCGCAGUUUGGCAGUGGACAUUCCAGGUCACCGAACAGAUAUUCGGUCAAUUGCAUUGAGUUCAGACGACCGAAUGCUUGCCUCUGCUUCGAAUGGCACUCUCAAGAUCUGGAACGUCCGUACCGAAAGCUGUCUGCGAACACUCGAGUGUGGCUAUUCUCUGUGUUCUGCAUUCCUUCCCGGAGACAAGAUUGUUGUUGUUGGUAACAAGAACGGAGAACUCGAAGUUUUCGAUAUCGCAUCAUCAACACUGCUCGAUACUAUCAAGGCUCACGAUGGCCCCGUGUGGUCACUUCACGUGCACCCAGACGGUAAGUCAAUGGUCAGUGGAAGUGCAGACAAGACAGCCAAGUUCUGGAAUUUCCAGGUUGUCCAGGAGGAGAUUCCGGGUACCAAACGCACCACUCCCCGUCUCAAGCUGGCACACACAAGAACGCUGAAGGUCAAUGACGACAUCCUCAACCUUCGUUUCUCACCUGAUGCCCGACUCCUCGCGGUAUCUCUCUUAGACAACACUGUGAAGGUCUUCUUCGUCGACUCGCUCAAGCUAUUCCUCAACCUUUACGGACACAAGCUUCCUGUGCUAAGCAUGGAUAUCUCCCAUGACAGCAAACUAAUUGUCACUUGUUCGGCCGACAAGACCGUCCGACUUUGGGGCUUGGACUUUGGAGACUGUCACAAGGCCUUUUUGGCUCAUGAGGACAGUAUCAUGGCUGUGGCAUUCGUUCCUCACAACAAGGACGGAAACGGUCAUAACUUCUUUAGUGCAAGCAAGGACCGCAUCAUCAAAUACUGGGACGGAGAUAAGUUCGAACAGAUCCAGCGUCUCGUUGGUCACCACGGCGAGAUCUGGGCACUAGCCAUGAGUCGCACUGGUGACUUCAUUGUCAGUGCCAGUCACGACAAGAGCAUCCGUAUUUGGCAACAAACAGACGAGCCCCUGUUCCUGGAGGAAGAGCGCGAGAAGGAGAUGGAAGAGGCCUACGACAGCACACUCACCGCUUCUCUCGAGCAAGAGGAGGACGGCGAGGAGAAGGCCGAGGCCGUCGAUGCUGGCAAGCAGACGACCGGCACCCUCAUGGCCGGAGAAAAGAUCAUGGAAGCUCUGGAUCUCGGCAUGGAGGAUCUCGAAGUCGUACGCGACUGGCUCAAGGUCAAGGCCGCCAACCCGAACGCCGCCGCGCCGGACCGUAACCCCGUCUACCUGGCCCUCAACAACAUCUCCGCCGAGCAGCACGUUCUGAACACCGUCCAGAGAAUCCCCGCAGCCGCCCUCCAAGACGCUCUCCUGGUCCUACCCUUCUCCAAACUUCCUGCUCUUUUCACCUUCCUCAACAUCUGGGCCGACCGCGAAUGGAACGUGCCCCUCACCUGCCGCGUGCUCUUCUUCAUCCUGAAGACCCACCACCGCCAGAUCGUCGCUAGCAAGAUGAUGCGUCCCAUGCUCGACAGCAUCCGCGUAUCGCUGCGUCGGGUUCUCGCUCGCCAGAAGGACGAGAUGGGCUUCAACCUCUCCGCGCUGCAGAUCAUCGGCACCCAGAUUCGUGAGCAGGGUACUACGGACUAUGUUGAUGAGGAGACCUGGGAGGAGCAGCAGGCUUCCAAGGGCACGGGCAAGAAGCGUCAAUUUGUCAGCGUUGCCUGA